ACUCUUGUAUUCUUACAUCAUGGUGACGGGUACACGAUACUCUAUGAGUGCAACGUCUUUAAUCGCAUAUUUUUAGUACAUGACAGCUGGCGACACGUUGGCUUUUAUGUAAAUGUAUAAUUUUGAUACUAUGAAUAAAUUUACUCACAUAUAAUUAUUGAUGUUCGACACGUUGACUUGUGGAUACCAUUGAACCGGUUUUGCGUUAUCUCGAUUUGUUUCUUUCAACGAAAGUUUUAGAUAUACAAUUAGUAAAAUAUGAGGAUUGUACAAUUCAGAAGAAGCCGUCUUUUCCAUGUACUAAUUGGUGGUAUAUUGGUGCUGCUGGUUUUAUAUAUCCUUUUUAACUUCUCCUCAGACAAUCAUAUGAACAAUAUAAAAGAAUACUGGGCACAAGGUCUCAGGAAGAAACAGGCUACAGUUCUUGUAGAAGAUUUAGGAAAUUUUGAGCCACGUGAUUUAUCAAUUAAAACUGGGCCUGGGGAAGGAGGUAAACCACAUAUUUUAAGAGAAGAUCAGCAAAAUGAUGUCCAGCAAUCUGAAUCUGAUUAUGGUAUGAACAUGAUAUGUUCUGAUGAAAUUUCAAUGUCGAGAUCAAUACCAGACACUAGGCCAGCAGAAUGUAAGCACUGGAACUAUCCAGAGGAAUUACCACGCACUAGUGUUAUUAUAGUAUUUCACAAUGAGGGAUGGUCUGUUUUAUUGCGAACUAUACAUAGUGUCAUAAACCGUACUCCAUCAAAGUUUUUAGAAGAAGUUCUUCUUGUUGAUGAUUUUUCUGAUAAAGAAAAUUUAAAAAGUGACUUAGAUUCUUACAUUGAACAAUGGGGAGGUAAAGUUAGAUUACUAAGAAACUAUGAAAGACAAGGCUUAAUACGAACGCGUUCUCGAGGAGCGCGUGAAGCCAAGGGUGAAGUAAUAGUAUUUUUAGAUGCUCAUUGCGAAGUCAAUGUAAAUUGGUUACCUCCACUUCUAGCACCAAUUGCUGAAAAUAGAAACGUAAUGACAGUUCCUGUGAUAGAUGGCAUUGAUCAUAAGACUUUUGAGUAUCGUCCUGUAUAUCAAGAAGGACAUUUAUAUAGAGGGAUUUUUGAGUGGGGCAUGUUAUACAAAGAGAACGAGUUACCUAGGCGUGAAACAAAAACACGCUCACACGAUAGCAUGCCAUACAGGUCACCUACACACGCUGGUGGUUUGUUCGCGAUAAAUCGACAAUACUUUUUAUCUCUGGGCGGGUACGACGAAGGAUUGCUCGUUUGGGGUGGAGAGAAUUUCGAACUGUCGUUCAAGAUUUGGCAAUGUGGCGGCGCUAUUUUAUGGGUACCGUGCUCGCAUGUUGGUCACGUUUAUCGGGGAUUUAUGCCUUACACGUUUGGUAAACUCGCUCAAAAGAAGAAAGGACCCUUGAUAACUAUCAAUUACAAACGAGUUAUAGAAACGUGGUUUGAUGAAAAGCACAAAGAAUUUUUUUAUACCAGAGAACCUUUGGCUCGCUUCCUCGAUCACGGCGAUAUAUCUGAACAGUUAAUUUUUAAAGAACGAAAAAAAUGUAAAAACUUCCAGUGGUACAUGGAUAAUAUAGCAUACGAUGUGCUAGACAAAUUUCCGGAAUUGCCACCGAAUAUUCACUGGGGAGAGCUGAGAAAUGUGGCAACUGGAUCUUGUCUAGAUACUAUGGGUCAUGCACCUCCAAGUCUUAUGGCUACUUCUCACUGCCACGGAUUUGGAAACAAUCAGAAGUCCUGGUUUUUUUCGGCGAAGAAGCUGUCCAAGUAAAAAAGGCGUUCCAAAGAAGCAAAGUUCAAACCAUUAAGGGAGUUUUGCAGCGACCGAAAUAAAUGAUAAUCAGAGGGUGCAAUAUCGGGGAAAUACGGUGGGUGAGGCAAAACAUCCCAGCCAAACUCCAAUAAUUAUUGCCGAGUCUGCAAACUUGUAUGAGGUCUGGCAUAAUCAUGAUAAAAAACGACGCCCUUCCUAUUAAUUAAUUCCGGACACUUUUUGCCGAUUUCUAUCUUUAAUUGAUCCAACUGCAAACAGUAUUUUUCCGAAUUGAUCGUUUGGUUGUCUGGUAACUCAUAGUAUACUGUUCCCUUCCAAUGCCACCGAAUGCAGAGCAUAACCUUCUUCGGAUAUAAACCGGGCUUCGAAGUGGUUAAUGCCGGUUCACCUCGCUUGCUUCACCUUUUCCGCUCGACGUUGUUAUAAAUAAUCCAUUUCUCGUCGCCUGUUACGAUUUGUUUCAAAAAUAGAUCGUAUUUGUUGCGUUUGUAUAGCAAAUCGUUGAUGGAAAUGCGAUCAAUACGAUGUUUUCCAGUUAACUCGUGCGGCACCCAAACAUCGAACUUCUUUAUCAUUUGAAAUUUGCUUAAAUGUUCGGAAAUAGUUGACUUGCCGAUUUUUAACCUUGUUGCGAUCUCCCGAACUAUGAUUCGCCGAUCAAAAUCGAUUAAAACUGUUAUUUGGUUGACAUCCGUGAUAACUGGCCGAUCAGAAGCAUCUUUAAUAUUUAUUUCUCCUGAACGAAAUUUAGCAAACCACUUCUGGCACAUGCAUUUGUUUAUAGCGUCCUUUCCGUACACGGCACAUAUUUUUUUUCGAGUUUGUGUCGCCUUGUUGUUCUUGCCUUUAUGAAAAUAAAAAAGCAUAAUGGAUCGAAAAAACACGUUAUUUCCUUCCAUCUUCAAACUGAUGCCAAGAGGAAUGUCUUUCUUUGUUUGUGAUAACUAAUAUUACUAAAUAUGCGUCGCAGUAUCAUUUAUCAAAAUAUCAACGCAUCUAACACAUCGCAUUAAAAUAACUUCCUCGAAUUUGCCUUUGAACGCCAUCUAUUGAGAAAUCCGCACGGACUUUCCGGACAACCCAAUACUUGCGUAGUGAAAAGCAUUACCAGACAUAAAUCGCAAUGUUGCAUUAUUUACGCGCAGUCUGCGUCAAAUUUUGCCGUACAGCUCUGUAGAAAAUCCAGCCGUACCUAAGAGGUUAAGGAGACAUUCUAUUUUCUUAUCGACAAAUUUUACUGAUUUUCAGGAAUUUUUUUUAUAGGAAAAUAACACAGCAAUUUGAAACUUUGACAUUAUAUUGUAGUAUCCUCAAAUUGUACAAAAUAAAAAUUUUUUUGUUUUUUCAAGUUUGUUAAUACGAGUUUUUCUCGAUUGCGAAAAUGUUUCCAAAAACUGCAUGCUCGCUAGUAGUUGAGUAGAGGACUUUUUUGUUCAGUUUGAUUUAAUAUAUAAAUAUAGAACGGCAGACGGCGCCACUGCAGCUCAUCUAUCAUAUCGCGCGUGAUCAUUCACCAAUCUUUUUUAAUUAAUAUCUUAACUAUUAUUGCGAGUAUUGCAAAACGAUAUAGGACUUUUAUGUUUAUUUCAACCCGUCCUACAUUCCCAUUUAAUGUGGAAAAGAGAGUCUGGGACACCUUGUAUAUGGUAUACUUUCGUGUUU